AUGGCUCCCAUUAACUCAGCUGCACAAUCUACUGCCGUUCCAUCGAAUGCCUCUUCUUAUAGGGACCGGAACCAGGCGAUCCUCGCUCGCUCCGCCAGACUUGUCAAAACCUCGUGCGAGUCCACGACAGAUCUGCUGCGCCGUUUACAAUCAAAGCUCGACCGAAAGAAAUCACAGAUUCGGGACCUAGAAGCAAAGCUUGCUGCUUGUAGAGAGGCGACUCCCCACGCUCAUCUUGCGCAAGACGACAAUGAUGUUCACCGAACACAAGGCCCGGAAUCUGCCGAUCAGAUCUCCCAUUCUCCUCUUUCCGAUGUAACCUUCGAAUUCGAAUUUGAGGCCCGCUUGGCAAGCUGCGCUACAAGAGCUGAAAGUCUUGGAUACAAGUCCUUGGCUCAGUUGAGUCGAACUCUCCAGCGUAGCUUAGCGUCUGUAUCUCGCCGACAACACGCGAAAAUUCUAGAUUACGAGAAUCGAAUUGCCAGAAUCAAAGAAGGACAAGAACCUUUCCGAACUCUGCCGACGGGAGGGCAAGCUUUUCGAGAUGUGGAAGGAAGGGUGGCACGGAUAGAGGAAGACUUGUACAACGAUGAGGAAUGGAGCUAUUCAAGUCUGCUCGCGGAAGUCUCCAACGCUGCAAACCCAGUCCACCGGCACCAUCUCGGUCUCGCGCAUAUCACGAGCCUAGAUGACCGUUUUGCUGCCCUGGAGGAUGUACAAUACUCUCUCCGCAAGACUACAGCUGAGGUGAAUGCCGGAUUCGUUCACAAGGACCAUCUCCGCGACAACCAAUACCUGAAGAAUCUUGAGUCCCGUGUUAAUGAAACCGCAAAAGUUGCCUCGGACACAAAAGCUGAGCUCACGGAGGCGAAAAGGGCACUCAGGAAGGAUCACGAUUCUGACAAGGAAGCUGCUGAGAAAGUCAAUGAACAGAUCAAGGGCAUCUCUGGCAGAGUACAUGACUUAGAUUAUGUCUGCAUCAAGAAAAGGUCCCCGGAACUCACAUCACUUCAAAACGACGUUUCCAAGUUGAAGGCCGAUAUCGCGAGACCAUUGAUCGGACGUUCAGAGUUCGACGCCCUCAAUCAAAAUUCCGCAAAUAACUCUGCUGCAAUUCGCAUUAUGCACACAGAUAUACAAGGGCUCCAAACUACCAUAACUUCACUGAGCGAUAACGUUUCCAAAUUGGAGGAUACCAGUCUUUCAAGCAGCUCGACGUGCAUCUCGGCCCUCCGCGCGGAUGCAAAGAAAGCGAAACAUCUAGCCGAAUCGCUGAAGACACAGAUGGAGGGUAUGGUUGACAAAGGCUUGGAGGCUGCCAAAAAGCGCAUUGAUGCCGAGAUUGCAAAGUCAAGUGCUGCAGUGGCCCGACUCGAUGAGUUUCUCAAGCAAGCCGAAGCAAAUCGCGCCCAAGAUAUCAAGACUGCGGUCCGCGAGCACUUGUCCAGUGCCGAUUACAGGGCCUCUUUAAGUGCCACAAUUGCUGAUAAGGUUGCUGAGGCACUGGCGGUCUUCAUGCUUGCACAGGAGCAAAAGAUGAUGCGGCAGAUCGAACCUCGCGAUACUACAGAGCAUUCCCAAACCUCUACAAACAGCGUGUCAAAUGUUGUGCCGGCACAAUCAACACCCGAGACCGGACUACAACCUGUCGAUGAUCGUCAAAGUCACCGCGAUGAGGAUGAGGACGUCGAGGAGGCUACGGGCCAGGGCGAAACCGAAAGCGAUCUGACCGGAAUUGGGGCCAAUAUCGACGCACCCCCCGCUGCUCCUGAGCUUGGCUCCUCGUCAGCUGCAUUGUCUUCGGACUCUGUGGUCGACUUGGGGGGCUUUAAGAGAAGGUCUGUUGGCGGUGCCGAGGGUCAGACUGACCGCAAUGGAGACGAACCUGUCGCGGAGCCCACAGAUGCUGUUGGCAACGGCAUUAGCGGUACGCAGACCUCCCAACCCAACCACAGCGCUGGCAACGCACCACAGUCGGCGCCUGACUUGCAGCAUCUUGGCACGUUUGGGGGAGCUACGGAGUCCACGGAGCACGUUCAGUCUGAUCGCCCGUUUGUUGAGGAUGUCGAAAUGGAUGGUUACCAACCACCUUCCAACUCUGGUGUGAAGAUGCGGCCGGUUGGGUUUCCUCGCGCAGUGCCACCGGGCACCCACGUGGGCCCUGCCGGUGGACAAGUUCCUGCGCACCAGGGAUCAAAUUCGACGAUCCCACCAACUGCUCCAGCUUCUGCGAGAGCAAAUCGCAACUUCCAGGUUGGGCUCUCAAACCUUUCCGACAAUCCUAGGAAAGUCGCAAUGCCCGCCCAACCCCCCACGAUCUCAGAUAGGGUCCAAGAUGUGAUGGAAUAUGAGCCAACAUUGACAGUCGAGACAAAGGACGGCGACGGCGAUAUGGACUUGCCAGACGAAUCGCGUGAUGCAGAUGGGGACGAGGAAAUGGGAGGCAGGCUGGGUUUGGUUGACGGCCAUGUUCACAGCCCGACGCCACCCCAAGCACUACUGACAGACCGUCAAGACGUCCCGAGACAUAGCCCGAACUUUGCCCCACCUCCCAACAGCAUCUCAGGCGAUCAGCCUCGACGGACUCGUCGUCGUUAUGUCUUGCACCCCACGAUCACUCCAUUGCCUAUUCCCGGCGAUCCAUUCCCGAGUGCCAGGUUGGAGGGCCUAACGGAUUACUUCAACGUUAUACUGAGAGCCCGGAAGGCUCACAACGGUGGGCUGACUAUGACAGAUGGAGAGCUGGCAUUUUUCAUCAAGAAGGCAGAAAACGAUGUCGCCUGUGAUGCUCGGACAGAAGACGAUUAUCGCGAGAAGAUCAAAGAGAAGGUGGAAACCUACGGAACGACAAUCACAGAUCAAGCGCGAUGGCUAGAUCUUGCCGUUCACGCGAGGAAAAUGUUCUUGGAGCGCUCACAACCGGCAUCAGGGCCUCCAGUUGCGACCCAAACUUCAAGCUCUACAAGGUCUACGCCUAUCCCUAGUACGCUCUCAACCUCGACAUUGGCUUCACCCUUCACGGGAGCCUCAAAUCCUCCAGUGGUUUCAUCUUUCGUGCAGCCACUCCACCCCGCGACAGCGAUUUCCCCUCCGGCUUCUUCGUUGGUCCCCAACUCCCAGGACGAUGUGCCCAUGGACGAAGGCGCAGUACCGGACACAGGCAUCUCCGAUCAGGCAGUACCACCGAGAGUGAAGCCAAUCCCAGUCGAGCAAAUCCCCGGCCUAGGUCCAGUUCUUCCCAGCUGGUUAGAGCUUAGCAGGGAGCACGCAGACGUGCGACAAACCUAUCUAACAAUGCUCUAUCGGAGCCACGAGCGGAAUAAUCGAGAAGAUCUUCACCGCGGGGAGCGAUUGUUUAACGAGAGCGAUCUCAUUGACUUCAGCGUCGGCAUGGAAGCGUCAAUAUACAAGGACUUUCUUACCGAUUACGGGGAACAGAUCGAGCUCUACAAGGGAGUUAUAGACUGGGAGAUCGACCAGCCCUGGGAGAACCACAAGAGAGGAACCCAGCGGAAACGAGACGAGGCGAGGAGGGCGAAGCGCAAGCAGGAGAAGGAGCAAAAGGUGGCAGAAGAUGCUGCAAAACUGCUCAAAGCGCAAGAGGAAGAGCAUCUGCGCAACAAGGAGGCUGCGGAAGCAUUCUGGACCCAGGGUGUGGAAAGGGAUAGCGAUUGA